AUGUGCGGUAUUCUCUUACAUUAUGCAACAAAUCAAAACUUUUGUAAUGAACUAUUAGAAUUCGAAGAAGGUUUCCAAGGUUCGAAAAGCGGCAGUUCAAACUCAUCACAGAUAUUUAAUGCGAUAGUGCCGUAUGUUGCCGCCAGAGGUCCCAACUUCUCAUCUUUAAGAGUUUCUAAAGAGCAUUGUAUUAGUUGGUUUUCCUCUGUUUUAUCCCUUAGAGAACCUUUCAUCAGACAAAGUGUUGAAGUUGGUGAUAGAUAUAUCUUGCAGUUUAAUGGUGAAUUGUACAAUGAAGAAAUUUUGGACAAUGAUACAAGUUUCGUGGCAUCACUGCUGGAAAAUGACAAGAUGAGUGUUUUUGAAGUUAUAUCCUUCCUUGAAGGUGAAUUUGCAUAUACCAUUUAUGAUAUGCAUGAGCAUAAAUUGUAUUUUGGUAGAGAUGAUAUUGGUAAGAGAAGUUUAAGUUACCGCUUGGAUCAAGCGAUUGGUGACAUCUAUGUGGCAAGUGUUACUGGGCAACAAGAAGGUUUUACGGAUUGUUUGGCAGGAAUAGUGUAUAUUUAUGAUGUAGAAGACAAAUCUUUGAACCAACAGAUGCUACCAAUCCUCAAUCGUGAAGUAUCCAGUGAAAUCAUUGAAGAUGAAGACGAAUUUCAAAGAAUUACACAUGCACUCUAUGAGCAACUAAAAUCUGCUAUAGUUAAAAGGGUUGAAUCUAUCCAUCCAAUGCAUCUAGAAAAUUCCCCAAUCGCCGUUUUAUUCUCUGGAGGGUUAGACUGUUCUGUGAUAGCGGCAAUGAUAUGUCAGCAGCUAGAGAAUCAGCCUUCUAGACGCACAGUAGAAUUGUUAAAUGUCAGUUUUGAAAAUUAUCGUACGGGACUUUCACCUCAUGAUACGCCUGACAGAAAACUAGCUGUUAAAAGUGCCAACGCUUUAAAACAGUUGUUCCCUAGUGUUGACAUAAAGUUGGUCGAAAUUGAUGUACCAUAUGAAACGUACGAGGAACAUAGACCGAAAGUCAUCGAUUUGAUGUAUCCAAAAAAUACUGAAAUGGAUUUAUCCAUUUCCAUUGCAUUCUAUUUCGCCUCCAAAGGUUCAGGAUAUAUUGAUUGCGGAAACGGUCAAAGGAAAAAGUACCAAAGACAGGGUAUCGUUUUGUUCAGUGGAUUGGGGGCAGAUGAAUUGUACGGUGGUUACUAUAAAUUUGCCAGGAAAUCCACAGAUGAACUAGUAGAAGAGUUAACGAGGCAGAUUAAUAACAUUUACAACAGAAACCUAAAUCGUGAUGAUAAAGUAAUAGCUGCCAACGGUGUUGAGGUUCGGUACCCAUUUCUUGAUAGACAUGUGAUAGAAUUUUCGAUGCAGAGUAUCCCCAUCAAUUGGAAGAUCAAUAAAUUGAUAUUGAGGAAAUUGGCGCUUGAAAAAUUGAAUUUAAAUUCCAUCUCAGAGGAACCCAAAAGAGCUAUUCAAUUCGGAUCUAAAAGUGCUAAAAUGACCAAGGAUGGUAAUAGACAUGGGACAGAUGUUUUGAAAUAA